CCACCCCCCGGUCUCGUAGCGGGACGGCCGAAUCGAUGUGUGGGGUGCGGGCCGCGACCCGCGGGGCAUGCACAGCAGGCUGCUGCCCCUUUGCUGCUCCAACGUGGCGGUCGAGGAAUCUCUGCUCAGGAUCCCGCCGUCGAGGGAGUGCAGUUCUGGCUCGCCGUCGGGAGCGUCCUCGGACGCCGAAGAGUAUGGGCCUCCUCUCCAGGACGCUCUGAGCCAGAGGACCGGGGUGUCGGGACUACCCCAGGUGUUCGUGGGUGGAGAGUUCCUCGGCGGCAGCGAGGACACCGCAGUGGCUUACGCCAAGGGUAACCUGGGGAACCUGCUCGCCGGGCUGAGUGACUACGACUAUGACCUGGUGGUGAUCGGAGGGGGCUCCGGCGGCCUGGCCGCCUCCAAGGAAGCUGCUAAGCUGGGCAAGAGAGUUGCAGUAUGUGACUUUGUCAAGCCGUCCCCUCAGGGAACCUCCUGGGGCCUGGGCGGCACCUGCGUGAAUGUGGGAUGCAUUCCAAAAAAGCUGAUGCACCAGGCAGCCCUGCUAGGGCAAGGUAUCCAAGACGCCAGGAAGUUCGGGUGGAACAUACCAGACGGUGCAGUCCAGUUCCAGUGGGAGGUCAUGUGUAGCAACGUGCGUGACUACAUUUCCUCCCUCAACUGGAAGUAUAGGGUCCAGCUGCGUGAGAACAAGGUGCAGUACCUCAACGCCUUCGCCGAGUUUGUGGACCUGCACAAGGUGAAGGUCACAGACAAAAAGGGAAAGGAGAAGUUUAUCACCGCCAGCGACUUCAUCCUUGCAAUGGGCGAGAGGCCCAAAUAUCCAGACAUCCCGGGUGCCCGGGAGUAUGCAAUCACAAGUGACGACCUCUUCUUCCUGCCACACUGCCCCGGGAAGACGCUGGUGGUGGGGGCCUCGUACGUGGCCCUGGAAUGUGCGGGCUUCCUCAAGGCCAUGGGGAUGGACGUGACGGUGAUGGUGCGCUCCAUCCUGCUGCGGGGCUUCGACCAGGACAUGGCCGAGAGGAUUGGCACCUACAUGGCCGAGGAAGGGAUCCGCUUCAUCCGGCCCUGCGUGCCCACCAAGUUGGAGAGAGUCGAGGAAGGGUCACCUGGCAGGAUCGUGGUCACUGCGGAUGCAGACGGCAAGGAGCUGGUUGAGGAGUACAACACGGUGCUGUUUGCUGUGGGACGCGAGUCGUGCACCCGCGGCAUUGGCCUUGAAAAGGUCGGGGUGGAGGUGAACCUCAAGAGCGGCAAGGUGCCCGCCGUGGCGGAGCGCACGAGCGUGAACCACAUCUUCGCUGUCGGGGACGUGCUUGACGGACGCCCCGAGCUCACACCCGUCGCCAUCCAGGCGGGCACUCUGCUGGCUCGGAGGCUGUACGGAGGCAGCGACGUUCAGUGCGACUACACCAACGUGCCGACGACAGUGUUCACGCCCAUCGAGUACGGCUGCAUCGGUUACUCGGAAGAGGACGCCAUCAGCAAGUUUGGAGAGGAAAACAUAGAGGUUUUUCAUGCAAACUUCACACCCCUGGAGUGGACUCUUCCGAAGCGAGGGACGGACAUGGGCUAUGUCAAAGUUGUCUGCCUGACUCCCGAACGGGACCGGAUCCUCGGCUUCCACUACCUGGGGCCCAAUGCUGGUGAGGUGACGCAGGGCUUUGCCACGGCCAUGAAGCUGGGUGCCACUAAGGCCGACUUGGAUGCCACCAUCGGCAUACAUCCAACGUGCGCCGAGCUCUUGACCACGUUGUCGAUCACCAAGAGAUCCGGGACAGACGCCAAGCAGGGAGGCUGCUGAGGUUAAAUCCCGUCGUCUGGAGGGCCGUCCGCUUCGACCAUUCUGCCGACGUCUCCUCGCACCGAAGAGCCAUAGACAUGAAGUGGCGAUAGAAGCAGAUUGCAAGCCUUUCAUCAACAACAGAAGUCGGCGUAGAAGCGGCAGCCUUCCGGCGAUGGGGAAAAAGCCGUGUUUUGUCGGGUAUCACUGCGCAGCUUCUCGCACUUGCGAGACAAAUGACGGCUGUGCCGCGAAACCCAGAAUUUGGGAGCGGCCGGCUUGAUGUUGCUGCAGCAGUCGUUCCCUCAAGCUCAAUCGCAAGAUUGCUUGUUUUUUUAAACUGUGCAGAGCUUGUUUCUUUGUAGUGUUAUGCGCUUUGCAAUAAAUAUUUAUUGAGCUCUUA